AGAGUGGAAGAGCUAGGGUGAAUGGGUGAUUACAAAACUAGUCUUGAAGAAAAAGUUAAUAUAAAAUGAGAUUGUUAUUAUGAAACAAGAGGUUUGCCCCGCGAAAGGUGAAAGAAAAUGGAGGGAAAUUGAAUAAAGGAGAAAGAAGGUCAUUGGUCGUACCGUGAGGUAAAUUCAAGGCAUUUAUGUCAAACUAAUUCAAGUAGUUGAGGGGAAACGAAUACAUAGGCUCCACAAAAUGAUGACUAAAAUAGACAUAAACUGUUAUUCCAAUAGAUAGUGCUACCUAAUUUUUUUUUUGCAGUGUUUGGUGAAAAACUGAAAGCUGACACUGAUUGUGUUAGCUGAUUUUGACUAACUGAUUGUAUUAACUGAUUUGACUAACUUACUAGUUGAUUGUACAAAUUUUUUUGGUAAAUAGCUAAUUGUAUAAGUUGUUUGAGUAUGUGAAAUAACCAAUAAUCUAAUUGUGAGGGUAGGUAGUUGAGAUAGGAUUAUAAAUUAAAUGAGGGUAACUUAUUUAACCGUCAAUAAGCUAAUGUUGGUCAAAUAAGCUAUAACAAGUAUGUUAGGCCUACAUGAUCAAAAUCACUAAACAAAUUCCUCAUUUUCCCAUGCUCAAAUUCAACCCAAAUAAUCUGUUUAGGCGAUUCUUCAACACAUUCCUUCAACCUUCCACAACUUCUCAAUCAGCUAACUACAUAAAUCUUCGUCUGGAUUCCUUUCUCUCUCAUUACUCCUUGCCCUUGAAAUCUCUCCUCCCAUUUCACUCAAUCAUCAUUGUUUCUGGGAAUUACAACAAUGUGUUCAUCGCAUCAAAGCUCAUUUCUCUCUAUGCUUCUCUUUCCAGACCCGAUUUAUCCUCCAAAGUCUUCGAUUCAGUUCGUUUUAAAGACCCUUUUCUCUGGAAUUCAAUCAUCAAAUCGCAUUUUUCUUGUGGGAAUUAUGAAAAGGCGCUUGGAUUUUUUCUGGGUAUGCGAUUUUCUAACACCCCACUUAAUAAUUUUACGAUUCCAAUGGUUAUUAGUGUUUGUGCUGAGUUAUUGGCGUUAGAUUAUGGGGUUAUGAUUCAUGGGCUGGUUGUGAAAUUUGGUGUUUUUGGUGGGAAUUCUGCUGUUGGAUCUUCUUUUGUAUAUUUUUACUCGAAAUGUGGUUGUAUGAAAGAUGCAUAUAAUGUGUUCGAUGAAAUGCCUGUGAGAGAUGUUGUUGCUUGGACUGCGCUUACAAUUGGUUAUUUACAGAAUGGUGAAAGUUACAAGGGUUUGGAGUGUCUUUGUAUGAUGCAUAAUGCAGUUGAGGAUAGUGUAAGGCCUAAUUAUAGAACCCUUGAAGGAGGGUUUCAAGCAUGUGGAAACAUAGGGGCUUUAACGGAAGGGAAAUGCUUGCACGCGUUAGCGAUUAAGAUUGGAUAUGGGUUAUGCCAUGAUGUUCAAUCACCACUUUUGUCUAUGUAUUCGAAAUGGGGUACCAUUGGAGAAUCUUUUCAUUUGUUUUAUGAAGUUGGAGAUAAGGAUCUUAUCUGUUGGACAUCAAUUAUUGCUGCCUAUGCUAGACUGGAGUGUGUAACUGAAUGCUUAGGCUUCUUUUGGCAAAUGCUAGGUAGUGGUAUAUACCCGGAUGAAAUCAUUAUUAGCUGUGUGCUUUCAUCAUUAGGUGAUUCGAUUUGGAUCCAUGAAGGGAUGGCAUUUCAUGGACUGAUAAUGAAGAGAAAUUAUGUAAGGGAUCAAGUUGUCUACAGGGCAUUGAUUUCAAUGUAUUGCAGAUUUGGAAGGUUAGCCAGUGCAGAACGAAUCUUUGAUACACUACAUGAGAAGAAUCCAGAGACUUGGAACUUGAUGGUGUUUGAAUAUGGGAAAGGAGGCCUUUGGAAAAAGUGUGUGAAUCUUUUCCGAGAAAUGAUACAUCAAAGGGUUGAAUGUGAUUCCAAUAGUCUAAUCUCUGUUAUUUCUUCGUGUUUACAGUUGGGAACAAUUCAUCUUGGAAAAUCUAUACAUUGCUAUGUUAUUAAGUCUCUGCUUGAUGGCGAUGUUUCAGUUUCCAAUUCCCUUAUAGAUAUGUAUGGAAAAUGUGGCAAGUUAACCAUUGCGGAAACCAUCUUUGGGAGAAUGCGAAGGGAUAUUAUAACAUGGAAUACAUUAAUUUGUGCCUAUGCUUACACCGGAGAGUUUGCUCAGGCAUUAGCACUAUUUGACCAGAUGAUGUUUGAAGGAUCAAAUCCAAAUACAGCAACAUUAGUCACUGUGCUGUCAGCUUGCUCGCGUUUAGCAUCUUUAGAGAAGGGAAUGAAGAUUCACAAUUACGUCAGAGAAUUGGGUGUUGAUUUAAAUAUCUCACUUGCAACAGCUUUAGUUGACAUGUAUGGGAAAUGUGGGCUGCUUGGGAAGGCAAGGGGUCUUUUCAAUUCCAUGAAUGAUAAAGAUGUAAUUGCUUGGAAUGUGAUGAUCUCUUGUUAUGGCAUUCAUGGAGAUGCUAGAUCUGCAAUCGAGGUCUUCAAACAGAUGGAAAAAUCCAGUGUUAGACCAAAUGAACUGACCUUUCUUGGUGUUUUGUUGGCUUGCAGUCAUGCAGGCCUUACUGAAGAGGGAAGAUAUUACUUCCGUAAAAUGCAUUAUUACUUUGUGACACCAACUUUAAAGCACUAUGCUUGUAUAGUAGAUCUUCUCGGGAAGUCAGGAAAUCUGCAGGAGGCUGAAGAUAUAGUUAUGUCGAUGCCUAUUACACCUGAUGGCGGUCUUUGGGGGACCUUGUUAAGUGCUUGUAAAAUUCACAAUGAAGUAGAGAUUGGAUUGAGGAUUGUAAAGCAUGCUAUCAAGGCUGAUCCUGAAAAUGAUGGAUAUUAUAUAACUAUAUCGAAUUUGUUGGACUUCAAUGGACAAUGGGAGGAGGCAGAGAUGUAUAGGCAACUGAUGAAGAAUAAGGGAGUGAGCAAAAGACUUGGUUGGAGCUCAUCGUAGAUCACUGGAGGAAUCAGAUUAUUAUGCGGGUUUGAGGUAUCUGCAAAGUGUGAAGAGGCCAAACACCAAAGAGUUGUCAUAGAUUUUUGAAUGAUCUGCUUCUGCCUUUGUUAGAGCUCUUUCAUGCAAACUGGACGAUGUUUACAGGCUUGUGAUUGAUGGCUAAUCAAACAUUGCUGUGAAGACAGAAUAUAAAGCACUUCAAAUUCUGAAAGCAAUCUUUUAAGUCGUCAUUGUGAAUGCCCAGUUCCUAGUUUCUGCUCCCUAUUCAUCCCAGUCCAUCAAGAAAGGCCGUUCAACUUCAGACUUUCAGGUCGGGAAGACAUUCGAACUAGAGAUGUACAGUUGACGUCUGUCUCUUCAUGGUUUGCACGAAUUGCACCAAUGGGCUGAAUAAAUCUCAUAAUUUAUAGACUAGGACAUAAUUUCAUAAAUAAAUGCCCGUACUCUCGAUGCUCUACGGAAUAAGAUAAGUAGUUCUUCCUUUGGUUUCUGCUGAAGACGAGCUCGUCUUCGGCAUGGGCAAGGUCCCCCCCAAGGGGGCUGGGGGUAAUGGUCCGCAGUUAUCCGCUCCGCACUUGGCUACCCAGCGUUUACCGUGGGCACGAUAACUGGUACACCAGAGGUGCGUCCUUCCCGGUCCUCUCGUACUAGGGAAAGGUCCUCUUAAUGCCCGCCCCCCCCCCCCUCCUCCCCAA